AUGCUUAUGAUUAGGUCUAUGGUUGAGGGCAAAGAGGGACGGCUUAUGCGCAACGAAAUCACGGCCAGAAUGUGGGAGGACUGCGAGACACGGCUUAAGCUUAUGACGCAUAUGACACAAUCUGUCCGUCGGAAAGGAUUGGAGGACUUAUUACAACAAUUUCGGGCAUCUCUUAUAGCAUACGACGAGGGCUUUUUAACUGACGAUAAAACACUGUCGGCCGCUCUUUGGAGGACAUUAUUUACCUAUGAAUCAGUUGAUCCCAAAUAUCUUGAGCUUAUCGUUCAGUACAUACGGACCCAAGUCGAACAUUUGCAUACCAUUGGGACCGAAAAGUUUUUCCUCGACGGGAAGAUCACGUGGAAACCAUUCCCACCAUUUUAUCCAUAGUUAUUGUUUUGUAAUUUAUUUUUUGCAUUCAAUUUUAGUGUUUAUUUAAUGUAAAAUUAGUUGUUUAGAUAAAAUACAUUUGACGCCAAAAAAUUUUGCGAAAUAAAAUGUUGAAAAAUUUGAUAUAAACACA